GCUCUGCAGCACCAGCUGUGCAUCAUCGAAGCUUGCCACGCUCGACCCUCCGACUUGAAAGUCGUCAUACAGUUCGAUGGAUGAUCUGGAGAACGGAUAAUGAGUUGAUGGAAUGGGGACUGGGCAAUGAAUACAGCAAUUCUGCCUGUGUCCAGGCUUGGAGCCUGGUCAGCUCCAGAAUCGAUUGUUGCAGUUUCCGUCACUGUAUCGCGAUCUUCAGAUUGCACAUCGGGCGGGGCAUCUCGAAAUUCCUGGACGCCCUCAGCGUGAACCGCGGUACUGCUUGUCGAGUGUUGAACAUCAAGCUUCACGCUGCACUAUCCGCGACCAGCCACUCCAUCCAGACCGCGAGGGGUCGGCUUUGCACAAGUCGCUCGCUCCAGCGAUUGCGCAAACAUAAUCUGUCUCCCCAGCGACUAGAACUCGUUGGGCGCCCCUCUCUUCAGCCGUGUUGCUCGGCUUGCGACGUGGCAUGUCACGCCGUUGUGAGACUCGUUACGGGAGUAAUUGUGAUAAGCAACCGGUUGAGUUUCCACAAACCGCUUCAAACUUCGCACAUAAUUAGCCUGGCACACAAACGUCAUCGCACUGCGUUGCUGAAGGAAUGCUGAGUCCAUCGGCCGAAUUUGGCUGCAACCGAGUUGGUGCCCCUUGAUUUGCACGCUGCAUGAGAUCAACAUGAAUCACCAUCAGUGCGCCUCGGGCGCCGUAUGUACGGUUUCAGAGGCUGGUCAUGACGCCGCGCAA